AUGGUAGAAUAUUACAAUUUUCAAGUUUUACAAACAACAGAUAAAAUGUUUGUUAUUACUGAAUCAUGGUUAGAUAAUGAAAUAUCACACAAUGAAAGUAUGGAGGAAGAAAAUAAUAUAAAAUGGAAUGAGAAAAUUUUAAAUAUACCAUAUAUUGAUGAUGAUAUUAUUAGUAAUAAUUAUGACAAUUAUGAUGAAAAAGAAUAUACAAAAUUAGUUAAAAGGGAUAGAAAAUAUUCUUUAAAACAAUUACCAUCUAUUUCUCCUAUUAACUUUAUUACUAUACCAAAUAAUGAAAUAAAAUAUAAUAUAACAUAUGAUAAGAUGAAUCAUAUCAAGGAACAUUUUAAUAAAUAUAAUAUUUUUAAUAGAAAUUAUAAAAAAUUUACAAAAAAUAUUGAUAAAAAGAAAAAAAAUACUUCAAUUGAUUAUAUUAAAAUUUAUAUAAUUUCAAUAUAUAAUAAUAAUCAACAUCCUUUACAUUAUUCAUUAAAAAGAAUAAUUGAAAAGUACAAAAAUGAACAUGAAGAAAAUCCAAAUGAAUUAUUAUAUAAAGAUAUGAUAAAUUUAUUUAAAAAUGAAUCAACAACAUGUCAAAUGAAUAAAUAUAUUGAAUCUAUUAUUAAAAAUAAAAAACAUCCUUUAAAUAAGUCAUUGUGUAAUGUUAAAUAUACCAAUAACAAAAUAUUAGAAAAAUCUUUAAAUAGUCAAGAUUUUGUAAUUUCAAAAUUGUCAAUAAACUCGAUUGACUCAAUGACAGGUGGUGAUUACUUUGAAAAUUCUAUUGUAAAUUCUUUAUCUAACUCAUAUAAUACAAAUUCAUUAGUUUCAUUUGCACAAUCAAUUUUGACAACAUUCAUUGAGGUAGAUGACAAUGAUAUAAUUCUUGGUAGUGAAAUUGCAAAAGAAGAUGACAUUGAUAAAGACAAUUGGAAUAAUUUUCAUUGGAAUGGUCAGGAAAGACCAAGUUUAAAAGAAUUAGGAAUUGAUGAUGUACCUAAAUCAUUUUGGAAUUCAGAAGUUUGGAAUAAUAAUGAUUAUAAUCAAAGUGAAAUUAUUGGUAAGAAUAGUGAAAUUUUGGAGUACUGUGGAACAAAAAGUGAUGAUGAAGAUAUUAAUAUUGUGGUAACAGAAGAUGUUAGUAUUCAAGAUGCCUAUCCACUUAUCACAGAAAAUGACAUAGUAAAAAUAUUAAUUGAUGAGUUGGAGAGUUGUUAUUAUGAAAUUAGUUAA